AGUGAUUGCCACCUCCCUCAGAUUACUUCAGGCCCUGCCCAGAGCCCGGGAGCUCAGACAGCCGGGGAGACAGCUGGAGUUGGAGAGAGAAGUCCAGGGCAGCCUGGGUGUGUCCUUGUGCCUCUUCAGGAAGUGAAGACCAACCAGAGGUCCUUGGUGUGUUCUCAGAAGUUUGCCUGGAGUUCUCAUCCAGACGUUCUGAAGAUGGAGCGGUCUACCCAGGAGCUGUUUCUCAACUUCACAGUUGUUCUGAUCACGGUUCUUCUUAUGUGGCUCCUUGUGAGGUCCUACCAAUACUGAGGGGCCAUGCCACUCUCCUGGGAAUGACUGCUGUGCGCCCUGAGCUUCCACUGCUGUGUUUGUGAUGGGAUGCCACUCCGCUGGCCCCUCCAGCAUCUCUGUCCCACCCUCACAAUGCAGUAUUAGAUCCUUUGUGUGCUUUUUAAAGAUGCUGUUCUUGUGGGCUGCCCAAAGCUUGCCAGCCAGCGAGCCUUAGAUCUGUUCCCUAGCAUGGGCACUAUUCGAGCCAUCAGGUUAAAAAUUAAACUGAAUUUCGAUGAUGCA